CACAUUUGGGACUAAAUUUGGGCGGAAACAAUAAGUCUUCGAGAGUCUCAUAAACUGCAGAGGAACGUGGGAGAGAGACACAGAACGUCUGGAGCCAUCUUCGUUUCGAUUUGGAGCCAGGAUUUCACCAACAUGAUGUUUUCAGGGAAUCUAAGGUCUUUGGUUUUGGUGCUGGUUUGCUUGUUUUCUGCUGCCACUGCUGAUGGUGCUUCCAAAAUAAACGGUACUAAUCUACGGAGCUUUGUCAUUGGGCCAGAAGGCACAGAUGAACCAAUAGAGUACUUUGAUGAAGAUCAGCAAUGGGUUCCUUCAAACCAAACAGGACGGAAUAAAACAUUAAACAGAUCCUUCUCUAAAGAGGCACGUCAGUUCCUAACGAGCCCCAUUUCCACGGUACUUAUGCCUUCGUUCUACACCUUGGUGUGCUGCAUCAGCGUUCCCAUCAACCUCGCCGCCAUCGUGGCCUUCUUUAAGGGCAUCCAGCCAAAGAAGCCAGCAGCAAUCUACAUGCUGAACCUGGCCUCCGCUGACCUGCUCUUUGGCCUCUUGCUCCCCUUCAAGAUCUCUUACCACUUCAUGGGUAACGACUGGAUAUUCGGCGGGUUGCUGUGCCGAGUGGUCACCGCCAGCUUCUACUGGAACAUGUACUGCUCCGUCCUUCUCAUAACCUGCAUCAGCGUGGACCGGUUCCUUGCGGUUGUGUACCCCAUCGACUCCCUGGCUUGGAGGAAGACGGAGAACACCAUCAAAGCCUGCGUGACCAUGUGGGUCUUGUCCUUUGCUGCCUCUGUUCCUCUUGUCAUCUUCGACCAGACAUUUUACCUCAAAGGGCUGAACAUCACCACCUGCCACGAUGUCCAACUCUAUACCGAGAUACCGUGGUUGAAGAUAUAUUUCAUUGCCAUCUGUUUCUCCCUGUUCGUUUUGCCUUUUCUUGUCACGGUGGGAUCCUACACCAAAGUUAUCUGGACGCUGAGGAGUGAAGUACGCGGGCUUCAAGGAAAAUCACGCAAAAAAACAAGAGCAGUGGUGAUGAUCUUGACGGUCCUAGUGAUUUUCAUGCUGUGCUUCAUGCCCACCAACUGCUCACUGCUGGUACACCACUUGCUGUUUGGGGUAUCCAACAUCGCCACCAAGGCCACCGACACCUCCUACCAGUUCUACUUGAUGUUUUUGUGUUUGGGCAGUCUGAACUGCCUCCUGGAUCCCCUCCUCUACUUCUUCGGCUCUUCCCAGUGUCAGAGACAGCUGUCCAACAUGCUGUGUAGAUCGUCGACAAAGGGUAGACUCACCAGUUCAUCGUCUGACUCGUACAGAUCCAGCACCAGACCCAUUCUGAAGUCCAGCCGCACCGAAUGCUCCACAAUGUCUUCAUCAGUGAGCAAAACGGACACAUUAGAAGCAAACCUGAACAGCCAGUACAAGAAACUGUUGGUCUAAUCACUGUGGCACUGGGCAUUGGUUAGUAUUUUUAAGUGCAGAAACACGAAGCUGUAAAAUUAAGGCUACUACAAAAACUGAGCACUUAGUUGGGAUGUUUCUGUUGAGAUUUAC